GUGCUGGUUCCCGACAGGAAGCUGAGUGAAGGUCUGCUGGAGACGCUCGCCCUGCGUCCGGAGUUUUCUCUCUUUAGAUCGUACCUCAUCGACUACAACCUGACUGAGGAGAUCGAGCAGGCGGACGAGUUCACCGUCUUCGCUCCGACAGACGCCGCCGUGACGGAUUACCUCACCAAGAUGGCUGCCACCGCUCUGGAUGUGAAUACGACCCGGUACCACGUGGUUCUGUCAGAGCGUCUCCUGAGGACCGAGCUGCAGCCCGGAGGGUUCAGAGCCUCCAUGCUGGGAGAGAGCUUCCAGCUGAGGUUCAGCCCCAGGGAGGGGGAGCUGUUUGUUAACGAGGCCCAGCUGGACUCCUCUAACCUCCUGAGCUCUAACGGGGUGAUUCACGGCGUGUCGGCCGUUAUGAUCAUCAACAGGAACCGCUGCGACGACGCCUCCUUCACCAGAUCCCCCGGGAGCUGCGUGGACUGCCUGUUCCCUCAGGGGAAGAUCUGCCCCAACGCCACGCGCCCAGACCUGUCGAUGCGCACCAGGAAGUGCAUGUUCACCCGCAUGUUCGAGGGCGAGCGGUUGCUGACCAUCGGCUGCAGAGCCACCUGCCUGCAGGAGAACAGGGUGCGGCGCUGCUGCUCCGGGUUCUUCGGGCCUCACUGUGAGUCCUGCCCGGGUCCAGCGGGUCAGUCCUGCUCCUCUAACGGGUUCUGCUCGGACGGAGCCAGCGGCGCCGGAAACUGCAGCUGCAACCCGGGCUUCAGAGGCACCGCCUGCGAGACCUGCAGCGCCGGGAAGUAUGGCGUGCACUGCGACCAGG